AUGAACUCCAACUCGGUCAAUAUGCCACAGUCGGAGCUGAAGUGCAACAUCUGCCCUCGGAAGCCCAAGUUCAGCGAUGUCUCUCACCUUCUGACCCAUGUGAGCUCGAAAGGCCAUCUGUCUCACUACUUCAAGCUACAGGUACGCAGCCAGCAGGAACCCCAGGCUGGCGAGCUGCUGGCUGCAUAUGACCGGUGGUAUAAGCAGAAUAAGCUGGCCAACCUGUUGUCAGACCGUAUGCUGGCAAAAGAAGCCCGGACUGGCAAAGGCUCCCGUGCCAGUAACCGCUCAAGCCUUCCGGUUGCCUUUUCUCAUCAGCCGUCGACAACUGUGGCUCCACCUACCAACCGGAAUGCCCCUAUUACAUCCAGUCCUAGGAGAGGUUCGCUUCCUAGCUUCUUGGAUCCCCAGCUCUCCCAGAAUUACUAUACCUACGACGCUCAAGGAAACCGUAUCUCUGGCAGAACAUACUCUCCCAUGUCUGUUUCUAGUAUGAUCAACCCCAAUCCUCAGCCUGGAUAUGGCUGGCACCAACAAACUCAAUAUCAGCCCCAGACCACUCUGCAAGCCUCGUCGGUGCAAACCGUAUGGAAGGAUGGAGAUGAGACAGAGUCAGACGGAGAGGGGAGUCCUCUGAUGGCCAGGCGAAUGAGGAGAGCGUCGUUGUUACACCCAUCUCUUCGCUUCGUUCGGCGAUCCAUCAGUCCCGAUCCCUUCAUUGACGAUGAUGCUGCGUAUGAGUAUGAUGACCAGGAAGACCAGAGUCAGCGUGGAAGCGAUGAGGUGAACCGGCUGAAAGGGGUCUUUUGGCCUGGCAUGGAUAUUUUUGAUUCUGCAACUGAAGAAAUGAGACGCAAACGCAAUCAGAAGAAGGAUGGCUCCAUUAUCAAGCAAAUGGAAGAGACAUCCGAAAGCGUCGAACCUACCGAGCUAGUGUUCUCCCCUAACGGUACCCUUCGGAAACAGCGUGUCAUCUCUGGGAUGGUUGACGAUAGUAGCCCUCUGAAGGGAGAGACUCCUAUCUCGAAGACGAAGGUAACCCGUCCUCGUAGACGACCCAUGUCUCAGUUGAGUGGAAAUGUCCAGAUGGCACAAAACAGAUACAGGAUGAGGAUUAGGGAGCAGAGCCGCGCUGCUCAGCUCGAAAAGCUGUCUCAGCAGGCAUUACUGCUCGGUGGUCACGGCGAUCCUAUGAACUAUCCUCCGCUGGACACCCACCGCAAUGCGCUCUUUAACACAUCCAAGUAUGGACUCGAAAAUUCCGCCAACGCACCGUAUUAUGGCCCCUUUAAACCUCCAAGUACUGAAGCAUACCGUGGGAAAGAGAAUAUUGACCCUAUGUUUUCCCAUGAGCGAAAUGUUCAGAAGCAACAGUACUAUUACGGAUAUCCAUCCCAAAAUGAGAACGAUAACUAUGGAUACUCGACGAACCCCUUGUCUUAUGCCGCCUCUCAGCAAUCUUGUGACUCUGGUUCCAAUAGGGCUGGCAUUAGGGAUACUAUGACCGUUGAUACCAGAGACUUAUUUGGUCAGCAGACACCAGGAGUUUUCCAGAACGCAUCUCCCAAAAGCCCCGUGGCUGAAAUGGGCCACGAUGACAUUGCUCGGAUGUAUUUCAAUGGCCCUCUAGAGUGA